AUGGGCUUGGAAGCGGGCCUUGUGUGGGCAGCCCACCCUGCGUCCGCGCGAGCUGGAAGAGAGUUCGCGGGCACAUGCGACAAUCCACGGGUUUUACGGGCUUUGUCGCAGCAGGGUGCUUGGUUAACGCCAAACGCCGCCGAAAGAAGCUCGGUCCUCGGCGCCGGGAUCAGGAAGCGAGGGGAUCCCCAAGCGGUAGGAAAGGUGUUGGCCGAGAAGCUGACUCGGCCGGAAUCUCUGGAAAUCACUCUGGGGAAGAUUUGGUGGCCGCUUAGGGGCGUGGAGUGUAAGGAUCUAGGGGACAAUCGCUUCCUCUUCACUUUCCUGCAAGGAUCGGGGAAGAGAAGAGCUUUGGAGGAUGGACCAUGGAUGUUUAGGAAGGAUCUGGUGGUGAUGGCAGAAUUUGAUGGCGCUAAAACAAUUGAUGAGAUUGAGUUUAAUUCAAUUCCAAUCUGGGUGAGAGUUCUGAAAAUGCCUUUGGGAUUGAUGAAUAAAGCCGCUGGGGAGGUGAUAGGAGGGAUGAUCGGCGAUGUCUUGGAAGUGGAUGCUGAUGAAGAUGAUAUGGCCAUCGGCCGAUAUAUGAGAAUUAAGAUUAGGCUGGAUAUUCGAAAACCCUUGAUGUGGGGUGUCACGUUGGACUUGGGUGAUGAGAUCAAGGAGAAUAUGAAGUGGUGCCCUCUAGUUUACGAGUUCCUUCCGAAGUCCGAACUUCUGUUACACGUGGAGAAGGGAGCUGUCCAGCAGUUCAGUAAAGCUCUUAGUUUCAUACCUGAGAAGAAGAGGUCUAGGGAGGAUUUGCGGAGCAGAUCAAGCGGUUCACGACCGCAGCUUCCGUGGAGGAGUGCAUCAGGAGGACGAGGAAGUGGUGGAUCAGGGAGCUGGGGGAGUGGAGGAAAGAAGGGUAGCGACUCACCUAGUUGGAGGAAGGGUGAUACCGCAGGAAGCAAUAAGGAGAUGUAG